AUGCCUACAGCAAGGUUUAUUAACGACAACAUCACAGUGUCUUGCGACACCGAUGUGAAGUUGACACUCUAUGAUGAAACUAAUCCUGAUGAACCUUGUACUUUACUCUGCCCCGGCGAGACCAGGAAAAACUUUACUGGAAAAAUCAUUUGUAUUGAACCUUAUUCGACCUAUGCUGUUAGGUCGUGGCAGGUUUGCGAGGAUGUGGACUUCGCUGCUAACAAGGAUGUUACUGUGACGGAUCAGAUUAUCUAA